CAUGGUUUCAAGUGAGCCCCGGGUGUGCUUCUAAACUUCAGACGUAGGCUAUUCUUACACGUAGACUAACUUAGGAAGCCACAGCGGUCUCGACACCUAUUUCUAAAAAACAGUCGCUGGUUUAGCGGGGCAAGAACAGUCCCCCCUACGUGUAGUAGAUUUUAGUUUCGUAAAAAAACAGCAGAAAUGUUGUGCUGAUGGUAAGAAGAGAGGGGAACGAGUUGGGAUGACGAGUUAGGCCGACAAGCUAGGCUUGACGAGAUAGGCACGACGAGAUAGAUAAACGACUUAGGCACUAUGAAAUAGGUCAGCGAGUAAGGCUUGUCGAGACAGAUAAACGAGUCAGGCUCGACGAGAUAGGCUCGACAUAGGCUUGAUGAGAUAUAGCUAGGCUCGACGAGUUAGGAGUUUCAGCCAGCAUCGUAGAGUGAACUCCGUUAAGACGGCAGACUUGUCGCCUCACAAAGAGGUACGCGGCAUAUGGAAAGUGAUAUGCGAACUGGGGGAAAGAUUCCCUGCUCUCAGCAGGAAUCACCCCCUCUCAAUCUCUGCGCCCCCUACAGUCAUCUCACCAUUCUUUUGCUCUAUCCCUUUGUCUCAAGCCCCACCCCCCUUCCCCUUUUAUCCAAACUCUCUCCUAUCCCUCACUCCCUUGUCCCUCCACUCUCUCAUGUGCCUCCAUUCUUCUCGCUCCCCGCUGUUCCCCCCCUCUAUGCUGUACCCCGACUCUCUCAUGUACGCCCGCGCUCUGCUGUACCCUCGCUCUCGCUUUCUACUCGUCACCCACCAUUUACCCCCCAUCCUUUUCUCCCCCCUUUUCCCAACCCAAAAUGGCACCCGUACGUUGCAGUUUUGGAACUCAGGGUAGGUAAGUCAGGUAGCCAAGAGUGUGCAAGUGCAAGUAUGUUUUAGUCAAGUCAAUUGUAUUAAUUUGCAACCUUCAGUGAAAACUAACAAUGCAACGUUUUACAACAAUUAGCAUUGUUGUGUUUUCCUUGUUUCAACCAUGCUCAAGGUUGUUAUUCUCAUGA